UAAAAAUGGCGACACCACGCGCUCAGUUGAGAAUUUCUUAUGGUUUGAUAGAGAUAAACAGCGAAAUUAAGUUUCAAUUUUUCAUUUGUGGAAAGUAUUACAAAUAUUGAAGUCGUCCGUUCCAGGGUCAAUUUGGCAGUCAGGUCAGAGGGACCAGGGAAAGAACACAGGGAUAAUAGUAUGCUAAUGGUCGAUGGCCAGUUGAAAAAGUUUUGUGAGAUAUGUUCAGAAUGUGGGAAAACCAGUCGAUUACGUCUAUACCAAAUCAACUUUGAUGAAGCAUAUUAUAUGUGUGAAAAUGUUGAGUGCUCUUAUCCAUUAGAUGUAGAUGAUAGCAAUUCGACAUCAAUAAUAAAUCGUGACUUCAGAACGAUAACAACUCCAUCUCAGCGUCGGCAAGCAGCAGCAGCAAAUCAAACCACACCAUUUUCCACAUCGUCUCAUUUUCCUAAUAGACCACCAAGUGUUCAAAGUUCAUUGAGGAGCCGUGUGUCGUUUAAUAGUGUUAAGAGUAGCACAAACUUUCAAAACAUACCCACAGCGUAUCACUUAAGUUGUGCCAAAACUCUUUCAAAAUCAUCUCCCGUUCAGUUGAAUCCAAACAUUGUAUCAAAGUUCCAGCCAAUUAAUUUAAAAUCAAUCCACAAGCCGUCGGUUACAGGUGACACUUCUCACAGUCGAACAGUGAUUCCAGUCAGUACGAGCAAAAGUACUAACAAUCACAAUCGUAGAAACUCCCAGACAACGCAAUCCACGGACAAUUAUUUAGAACAAUUUGCUGGGUUUGUGAAAUCUCGUGUAGCCACCCCUCCAAGUGUUAUUAAACCCAAGACUAACAUUGAAAGAAAUAAUUCCUUGGGCUCGAAAGAAAAUAGUCCUUCCCCUACAAUUUUAUCGUGUAAUGUUACGUCGCUUAAACGCAAAUCAAGAUCGGUAACACCAGAACUUUCAAAACAAAAGAAACAGAAAAUUGAAAAUCUUUUUUCUAAGGAAGUAUUGAGUAAAUCUUCUCUCUCAGUCAAAUCACAAUCUGUUGCUAGUGUUCAUCGACAAUCUCCAACACCUCGUGAAAUAAUUGUUUGCAGACCUGCAGGUUCUCUAAAAGGUGAACCCAGAGAAACAAAGCCAGUUCCUAAGAAAGUCACACCAGCAGAUAUAAUACAGCAUGUUCUAAAAAAGGCUAAAACCGAAGAUCAUUCUCUAGGUGCCUCCAAAUUUGCUCCCUUUCAGUUAAAAUCACCAGCUGUUCAAGUUUCGAAAUCUGUAACAAACAAGAUAAGUGCCAAGUACACAGAUGUAUUUAAAUCUUUGACGUGCAGUGCUAUAACCAUUAGUAAGGAUGGCCCUAAUUUGCUUCUAAAUAAUAACGUUGCAAACAGUGAUAAAGAGAAAAAAGCUGCGAAGCCCAAAGUUGUGUUUAGCACUCCACAGACGAUUCCUAAAAACAAAAAGACUCCUCAAAUUGUCCCAACAACCAAAUCAAAUAUUGUGAGAAAAUCACCUUUAUUAAAAACACAGAAAUCGCAGGAUUAUUCAUCUUGUGUUGACGAUUAUUGUGAUUCCUUUGAUACCUCCUUGUUUGAUGAUGUAGCUUUUGACUCGAAAGCUGCAGAGGUCAAAAGUGAGGAAGAAAUUGUGUACACUAAACUUUUAAAUACAGUUAAUGACUCUACGCUGAAACUUAAACAAAGUUUUCCAGAGUAUAAAAAUUCUUCAACUGUAAACAAUUUCCGAAAAGAAUGGGAUCAAUCUAGUGAUGGUCGCAGUGUAACUAGUUCUGCAAGUAGCUCCCCAAAGUUGUCCCCCUUUGAACUGAAGACAAAUUGUGAAAGUGCUGUUAAUAUUGAUUCACUUUUGCUCGAUUGUCGUGACCAUGAGCUCGACCAAGAGGUGAGUUAUAUUCUGUCCUCACAACAUCCAGCACAAGACGACGGUUGUGCAAAAAUAAAUGUGAAAAACCCUGAAUGCACGAAAAACCCUGAUGGCGUAACUGACAUUAUAAUAUUCGCUGAUUCUAUUAAUAAAUUUGAUAACGCUGAAGUGGACUUUGAAAUAUUAGACAACCAAUCUUAAUGCAAAGUUCUUUGUUUCAAAUUGUUUGUGUGUUUGUGAAAAAUGUCUGCCCAAACUAAAAAUAGAAACACAAGAAGCAAUCCUGUCAAAGAAACACCAGGACUGUCCAAAAAUGAAAAGACUCCAACAAGGCCACAGAGCAUCAUUCGAACCAGACAUCAAGCAGUUCAAGAUGCUAACCCUGGCUUGGACAUCAAAAGACGACCAACUCCAGGGGUAUUCUAUAAAGAAGAAAAAGGUAACAAAAGUAAAACUGCAAAGAGCAAAGAAGAAAGUGAAGAUGACUCAACACCUAGAAGAGGCAUAUCUUCAAAGGUAACUCCAGGAAAACCAAAGAACACACAAAAGAAAACUCCAAACAAUGCACCAUCAAAUGAUAAAAGUGCCAAAGGUUCUGCAAAACAAAAUGAUAAAAAGGAGACACCUAAGCCUAAGGGUAACACAGAAGUCAUUAAACGGGGAAGAGGUCGACCAAAAAAGAUACUUGAUGGUGUUGGAGGUACACCAGACACAUCUGUUAUUGUUGAUGAUUCUUCAGAUGACAUUUCAGAUAAUGAUCAAACAGAGUCCACAGAAAGAACUACCAGUAAUAAUAAGAAAACACAACAAAAUAACGGGGAUCCCAUCAAAAAAGGAAGAGGUCGACAAAUGAAACUUUCCCUGGGAAGUACAGUGGAAACGUCACUUGUUGUGGGUGAUUCUUCAGAUGAUAAUUCCAAUGAUGGCAAAAGAGAAACAAGAAGAUCCACUGAAAAUAGCAACUUCCGUGGUAGCAGGAAAACUGCAGCAUCCACCACAACCCCAUCAGUCCAAAAGAAAACUCCUGUGAUUCUUAGGAAGUCUCUAAAUGAAACUCAGUCCACAACACCAACAAAAGCUGAGUCUAAUCCAAAAAUAAUUCACAUAAAGUCUCCUGCAAGUCCUAUGAAAGUAAUUAAAAGAAAUAACACUCCAGUCAAAACACCUGUUGUACACCAAAUGAAAGAAAGUUCUGCCAAUUCUUCAGUGAGCAGUGGAAAAAUAAGCAUUCUUAGUCCAAACAAGGAACCAGAAAAGAAAGGCAGAGGGAGGCCAAGAAAACAAUUACUUGUAAAUGAUAUGGAAAAUGAUAAUGAUAAAGAAGAUUCUAAACAACCACAAAAUUCUAAAACAGAAAAGUCGGAACAAUCUGUGCAAGUAGAUUCUACCAAAUCUGAAGAUUCUACCAAAUCUGAAGAUUCUACCAAAUCUGAAGAUUCUACCAAAUCUGAAGAUCCCACCAAAUCUAAAGAUCCCACCAAAUCUGAAGAUCCUAUCAAAACUGAAGAUCCUACCAAAUCAGAAGAUCCUACCAAAUCAGAAGAUCCUACCAAAUCUGAAGAUCCUACAAAAUCUGAAGGUCCUACAGCGACUGGAGAUUCUAAACAAUUAGAAGAUUCUAAAAAAUUAGUGGACUCUCAAGCUACAAAAGAUUCCAUGGAAACCGAAACCAUAAGUACCCCAGAACCAAAGAAAAGAGGAAGACCUCGGAAAAAUCCUCUCAUAGAUAACACACCAAUAAAUUCUGUGGAGGAACCCAGCGCGAAGAAAGAAAAAUUGAAAGAAGUAAUUGAAACCGAAAUAGUACCAGAAAAGAUAGGUGUUGCGAUGGAAACAGAAACAAUACCAGUUAAGAAAGAGACUUGUUCACCGGCUAUUGGUGAACAUACAAAUCAAAGCUCUGAGCAACAGAUAAUUCAAGAAGGAAAAACAGAACAUCAAAACCUAUUGCCAACUGGAGAUGAGGAAAUGUGUAGUCCAAAUGACACAGGAAUAGAGGAAAUGGAUACAACAGAAGGAAAGGGGAAACUAGAUCUUAAUGUAAUUGAAACAGUUCAUUCCACACAACCUGAAAAUGAAUUGACAGAAACAACAGAUCUGCACAGAUUGGCGGAAAAAGAUUCAAUGGACAUCUCGAAAGAUGUCGGAGAGGACAGUUUGAAAAUGACUGAAGCAAUUUCGGUUACAGGUACUGAUGAUGCAGUAGUUCCUGGGUUGGAAAACAAGACAGAAAGUUCUACAACUUGUUCAGCUUUAAGUGAAUCUGAUCACGAUUCAGCUAUACAGCAAGCAGUUAGUCAAGAUAAUUCAGAGAGUGUAUUAGAUACUUCUAAUAGUCUAGAAACAAAGAAAGUAGAUGUAAGUGACUUGGCAGACCAGGAAAAUGUUACUGCUACUAGUACAUCUGCUAUAUCAACAAGUGAAUCCCAGUCUUCGUCUGAAACAGAUAUGCUGGAUAUUUUAGCAUCUGCAUGCCUUUCCCAAUCUCAGACAAUAAACUCAUCACUGACAUCCACAUCCAUUCUGGAGUCUAAAAUGAUCAAUACACAAGCUUCAACAGUGGUGAUGCAAGAUGAACCAUUGCCAACACCUAUCAUAGAAAACAAAGAUAUGUCUUCAAAAUUGCACCAACCAGAAGAUGCAGUUUUGAUCUCUCCAGAGGCUCCAAAGCCACCAAAUCAAGGUACAAAAGAUGCACCUCCUAUCACAAAUCUUCUGACUUCAACAACAGCUUCCCAAGCUGAUCUACCUAAGGUGGAUGUGAUAUCUACAGUUAAUGCAUCUCUGGAGCAGGAAGAGGAGAACACGUGGAGUUUAAAUAAAAUGAUCAAUCUCUUUAUCCAGUGGCAGAACACUGAUGCUAUGUGCUGGCUUGAUGUAGUCCUUGCCAUUCUUGCACACAGUCCAACUUUGAAAGAGAUGGCCAAAAAUUGGGUAGCUAAUCAUCAAGGCAUGAACAAGAAUGGAAACAAUGUCAGGAGCAGGAUAACAAAUGACUCCCAAGAUAGUUUAAGUGGUAUGGAUGAAUUUAAGACUGAGAGUGCGGAGAAUAAGGAUGGUGAUAAUGAUGUUUCCAAUUGUGUCCAGGGGAUGUUGAAUAAAGUCUGUAAUAUGGAUGAAAAUUCUUCAGAUACUCAAAUGGCAGUAGACAGUGAGACAACAGCUGCAUCUGAAAAACAAAGCGAACCCUUGCUAAAAAAUCCUUUUGAGUUGAUAAAAAUACCCAGUAAAACAACAGUCAGUUUGAGCGCCCAAAGUACCCCGGUGAAAGAAGAAAAUAAACUGAAAUCCAAAUUAAAAUUCCCAGUUAUCAUUACUCUAAUCAAGGCACAUGAACAAGCACAGUAUCUUCUUCAGAACUUUUUAUCCAAACCAGUUACCCAGAAUGAUACUAUUGUUCAGGAAGGCAACAUUGUUUCUCAGUCAUCGUCCAACCCACAAACGGGAGCUGGCAUCAAAAUAAUCUCUCCUCUUUUAACGAUGCUUCACAAGCAACCGAAUAGCGGUCUACCAGUGGAUGCGCUCACUCGUUUAGGGGAAUCAAUAUCUAAAUUAGAAGACGUGAGAGAAGUGGUAUGGGAUAUCUUACAACCGAGAUUAAAAUGUGAGAAAGGGAAAAAUGACAGUCCAGUGUUUGCGCUGCCUCUCCUGGUGCGCGAGAGUCAGGAACUGAAGCAUAUGUUUUCAAUAGAGUAUAGUUUGGUUUUCCAUUGCAAUAAAUGUGAUUAUAAACAGGAGAAUAAGUUUGUAAAGGCUCUUCCGUCCUUACCUAAUGUUCCGGACAACUUCAGUAUGAAAGAGCCCGCAUUUAUUAGAAGUUGUUUCCGAUGUGAAGAACCGGGUCAAAGAAUGUUGAUGAAAAUCCACAGUAUGCGUGAUAUUGCCAUGUUACAUUUUAUACAAGGUUUACCUAGAGUGGUAUAUGACGAUUUAGAUUUUAAUUUUGAAGGAACUCUGUACAGUGUGACUGCUGUGGUUCAGUAUAAGAACAAUCCAGAUCACUUUGUUGCCUGGAUACGAAAUGCUCAAGAAAACCAGUGGAUGGAAUGUGAUGAUUUAAAGUCACCCCUGUGCCAGUUUGAAAAUGCUCCUCCAAGAAUUCCUCCAGAACAGAUUCACAUAGUCAUGUGGGAGAAGAAUCUAUCUGGCAAACCAUCACACAACUUGGAGAAUUCCAAAACUGCCGGACUCUUGUCCACUCUCUUGAUGUCCACAAGAAUGGUUACUGUCACAUCUGAAGGCAAUAGCAAGGUGUUGACAACCGUCCCUAUCCAGUACACACCUGUUGUUCAAGUAAAUCAAAAACGCAAACAAGAAGAGACAACCCCUGUGGUACCAAGACCCAAAAUCUCUGUUUAUUCUGUUAAAACACCAAGACCUAAUAUAAUCUCCUCUAAUAGAAUAUCCAGUAGUCCUGUUACUGUUGUUCCUACACAAGCCUGCAUGACGCAAGUUCCCACAACACCACUUCCAGAAAACAUUCAGAAAGCUAUAAAUGAGGUCAAGGAAGCUUCAAAAAAUCAGGUUGCUACUCCAUCAACUGGUAAAACAAAAGUUGUAAUUGUGGGACCAAAACAAAACCAAGUUCUGGGAGGACCAGUUCCAUCAAAUGAAAUGAAAACAGUGAGUAUAGGUGGACGAAUUGUGAAACUGACAACUCAGCAAUUGAAUGCUAUAAGAAGUAGUCCUGGAGCGAGGGUUUCCAUUGUAGGACUUGAUGGUACAACCACCUUUUCCAUCAAAGGUGUUCAAGAAAGUAAGCCUGCUGCUGCUGCUGCUGCUGAAUCUCCCAAAACUACCCUUCUGCAACCAGGACCUGAAAAAGCAGAGAAACAGCUACAAAGUCCUGUAUCUAAAGCUAUAAAUACCAUUACCUGUGCUGUAACAAACAACCAAGCUUCCCCAAUAAUGACAGCACAAGCCAAGCCUGUCACCCAGUCAUCAUUACUAAAUGUAAAUUCUACUACCUCUCCACAAACAAUACUUCUUCCUAAAGCAACAUUACCAUCGAAUCAAAUAGAUAUUACUCCACAAAUUCCGCAGUCUCUUCAACAACCCACGCUAGUCACAACCCCAUUUAUACAAGCAACAACAACAACAACAACCUUACCAACUUUACUGCCAGCAUCUUCGAAUACAUCCACCAGCUCUCAAGGUUAUUUGGACAACAAUGUCGUUAUCAAUCCAAAUAGACCUUGUCGAGUUGUGGUCAAUGCCCAGGGACAAGUAACAGCACUUGCCAGCAAUAAUAGCCAGGAGAUCAUCCCAUUGACAUCAGACAAGACAACCAACCGAGCCAUUCUUCAAAAGUUCUUUAGUCAGUGUGACGAAAAUGAGCUCGCCAACACCCUUUCAGUUCAACAACAAAAUUCUUCAGAGUUAAAAAUGGCAUUAACCAGACCAUCCCCAUUUGUUCGUUCUCCAGCAACUCCCAAAGCUCACCAGGUAGCAUCAGUGUCAGAUCCUCAACAUGAUGCCACAUCACUUGAAACAGCCAUGGCUGUUGACAGCAUCUCUAGUCCUUCAAGCAAGCAAGACUUACCAGUAUUUGUUCCCAAACCAGCAAGAGGAAGAGCCUCGAGGGGUGCUAGAGGAGGAAAGAAACCAACCAAACCACGGGGCAGGGGAAGGGGUUAUAUAGUAGAUUCACCGGUUACCACUCCAACACCUUAUUAUAAUAAGCCAAACAUAAUGGGUAUCACACCCACCAGUACAGUAACAACCACUUCAACAGCAGCACUGAAACUCCAGAACACAAUUUCUGGUAGACAAAUCCAUUCCACGCCCAGAAAGGUGGCCAUUCCAACUAACAAUGGUCACAUUUUACUGGAUGUUCCUGCUGGUAGAAAUGCCAUGGAUUGUUUAAAAGAUCCCAACAUUGUGAAAAGACUAGUUAAAAAUCUCCCCACAAAUGCAGUAAUAUCAUCUCCACCAAAUACAAGUACGGUUGUAUCUUCUACCCAGGAGACUGAAACUAUGUCCUUGUUGGCGAAUAGCACAACACCAAUAACUAACCAACCAAGUAUCAUCUAUAACAAAACCCCUAUUCAGCUUCCAUCUCCAUCUCCAUCCACAACUCCUAAAUCAUCCAUACGAUCCAUUAGUAUUCCCUAUUCCCAGGAAGGUAAAAUAAAAGAAAUUUUAGCCAAGCACAACAGUCAGAUGUCAAAGAAACCAGUUAUCAUUCAAAAGAUCACCAAAAAAGUAGGUUCCUCUUCAACAGUAAUACAGAAUCAAUAUGGGGUUCCAAGUCAAUCUCCAGGUGCAAGCCAGUCUGAUGUUCUCUCUGCUGCCCUAAUGGAAUCUGGUGUUCAAGAUGAUACAGCUACCUUCACAGAUGAAAGUUUGCUUGGGGCUCCAGCUACACAUGGGUUGGAUAUCCUGUCUCAAGGCGUAGCUGCGGCUAGCAGGGAUAUUUAUAAUCAAGAUAUCGGGUCUUUAACCCCGCAGUCACAAAGUAUGGACAUCAACAUGCCAGCAUCACAAGGUCCACAGAAUUUUGAAUCGCCCCAACAACAAUCACAUGCCUUAGACAUUUUAAUGCAGGGCAUUAAUGCUGAAUCUCUGAUAGAGUCUUCUACUAAUACCCAAUCAGCUGUAGACGAAUCACAUGCCAUGAGCAUCCUUACUGGUGGAAUAGCACCCACAGUACCUUCAUCACAGGGACUUGACAUUUUGACUCAAGGAUUUAACCCCCCUCCUGUCUCUCAGUCACAGGCUCUGGACAUACUGACUCAAGGAAUAACUCCCAGAAUACAACCAAAAGUGCCCCCCACAAAGAAAAUGGUAGUUAGUUGUGCACCAAAACUAGAGCUGAAUAAUCUUCUAAACCAAUUAAAAUCAACUAGUAUGAAAAUUGGUCAAAUUGGAGCAACAUCUGGAAAAAAUCCUAUCAUCAUCUCUUCAGUAGACAAGUCAAACUUUUUACCAUCUUCUUCACAAGGAACUAAAAUGUUUACCAUCAAAUCAAAUGGCAAUAACAGUUCAGAAAUAAUUGGCUCAGAAACCAUUUCUCAUGGUCCUGGAAAAAUUCUUAAUUCAGGCUUUCAAUCAAAUCGUAUCAAAGUGAUUCAUCCUGCAGGAUCAAAAUACAGAUCUUCAACAUUGCAGCCAGAAGUCAUCACCACUGUCGUCACACAAAAUAAAGAAGUUGUGAUUAAUCCUCCACAAUCCUCCAUUGUCACGAAACGAAAGGCAAGUAAUCAGUUUGUAAAUACCAACACCAAAAAAGUCAAAACUGCUUCUUCAAUGAUAUCCUCUUUUGAAAGUGAAAUUCCUACAUCUAGUCCAAGAACUGCUCAAGAUUUAUUUUCUUCUAUAGAGAGUGGGACUACUGAAAUAUCAAACACCCCAAAAGUUCGAACAAUUUACUUUGAUCCCACAGACAGUUCUUCUCAGUAUAUUAUUGGAAGUUCAGAAAGUGAGUAUGAACCAAAUGACCUUGUGCCAGUUGAAACCUCAAGUUGUGGACCUGUCUCUUCAGAAGGAAUCACUAUGGACAGUUUAGUGUCUCCAUCAGAUAAUAAUAUAUUUAGUAAAUUUGGAAUGACAACUCUGACUGAUCCUCGUGAAGCUGAAGUCUUGCAGCAUCUUUACGAUGUUGUAAGCUCGGCAGAUGUGACAAAUGACACCUUAACGUCUCCUGUGGACUCAGUGCUAGGUACUUCUGUUAUUGGAUAUGGGGAAGAUGGCCUGCCAAUAGGUCAAGCUCAAGUAGAUACUAGUGAUCAGAUUAUUAUGACAGCAACUGGAUUGGAAAAUUUAGAUCCAGGGAGGUUUGUAAUGGGAACUGUGGAGGAUGCUUCAGCCACUGGUCAGUGCAUGGAAACUGGAAUGGAAGCCUUAGGAACUGACCAGGUUGUCAUUGGAAAUGAAACAGAACCAAUGACAGCUGCUCAAAGUUAUUUGGAACCUGGAAUGACAGCUGGAAUAGCGCCAGUGACAGCUGCUCAGAUUGGCAUGGGAGAUGGGGAUGAAAACAUGGUUCAUCAUCAGGUUAUUAUGGGAACUACCGUGGAAAUGAUGGGAUCUGAUCAAUUUGCUAUGGCAACUGGAGUCGAAACCAUGGUUACGAAUGAGGUUCCCAUGGAUACAAAUUAUGUUGCUAUGUCUGAAAAUGUAGUUGCUAUGUCACUUGAUGAACAAUACAAUCAAGAUUUUCAGCAAGUUAUGUUUGAAGAAGAGAUUGUUAGUGUUGCGGAAAAUGUGGAAAUUUAGCGAGAACAAUGCUAUUAUAGGUGGAAUAAUUGGGAACACGGAAUAAAAAUUCCUAUAAACUUUAAAGUGCUUCAAACUUUAUUUAAUAAAUUAAUGAAUUUUUGCAUAAAGAUCUAAAUGUGGCAGCAGAACAUCUUGAAAAGAACUUGCAGAAAUUGAUAGAAUAUGGUGGUGCUAGUAUUUGUGAACAACUUGUGGAUUUAAACGUGCAGUUAUUUUUUGUAUAAAUAACUAUGGACAUGGUUUUUAAAACUGUGACAUUUGUAAAGCGAUAAAAUAUGUUCAGCAACAGAUGUAUGCUAGUGAUACUCGUUUUGUGACUGGAUACAGAUCAUAUUCUGUACAAAUAAAACUUAACAAUAGUGGCUUGAUUAUAUAUUUUCAUAUAAAUAAUGAGUGAAUUGUUUUCUGAAUGGGUGGAUGUUUUGGUGAUCAUAUUAUGAAAGAUGUUUAGUUCUAUUUUUAAAGUGUACAUUGUAUAAUUAUUAUUAUAAUUUUGAAUGAUUGAGAGUGACAAACAUAGGGCUAUCGAGUUUGAAAUUAAAAAUGGUUCAGGACUUGAUUUAAAUGUGUAGAUCGUUAGUGCUGGGUUUUGCCACUGUGGUCACGAUACGUAUUGCGAUUCAGGUACUACAAUACGAUUCGAUUCACGAUUCAUAACCAGGUCAAUAUUUACGAAGGAAAAAACAGGAUAAAUGAAUAAUUAAUAUUUUUAGUCCUGUCGAUGUCGAAGAAAUAAAACUGUUUUAUAACACGAUAUUGUUUUGGAUCAAAAUAAGGACCAGAACAAUUUAAGAGUGUUUGUGUACCUGUGGAUAAUGUGUGAUGUGGAUAAUUAGAAGUGACAGGUUACAUGUACAUUUACCUACUAGAGCAACCAAAAAAACAUAAAAAAGAAUCAUGAUACACCGAUUCAGCGUCUCGCGAUUUAAUACGCAAAUUGUAAGGUGAAUCACGAUAAAUCGGUUCAAAGAUAUAUCGUGCCAGCACUAAUGUGUAGAUCGUGUGGUAUUCGUCCCUAACCUCCAGGCCUGGAAAUAAUGACCUGAUGUCUGGCGCGAAUGAACUAGUUCCUGACAUUUUGAACUUUGUGUGAGAUGUGUAUUAAUAAAGAAAACUGAAAAAAGACAAAUGGUGACGAUUGUAAUGGUACAAACUCUAGGAGUUCUGCUAGACACUUUCUGUGACAGGUGCAGCCCAAUUUCCAUUGAUCUGGGGGAGGGGUUGAAUGGCCGAAUGGUUAUAUUGCGUGUGCGCGUUGUAUCAUAAAGUCAACUGGUGUGGUUUCGAAUCCCCGGUUGUACGUGACAAGGAGUAGGGUCACCUGUCCAACCUCGUGGUUUUUCUCCUGGUCCUCCGGUUUCAUCCCACUGCUAAAGACCCCUACACGCAAGCGAAUUAUUGAAAUAAAAUUGAGCCAUGUGUUAGUCCCGAAAUGACCUAGUUCGUGUCGAGUGGAUGUUAAACCCAAUUUCUCUCUUUGUCUCCAUUGAUCUGUAUUCAAUUUCAGGAUCACAAAUUACAUAACAAUUAACCGAAUACAGAAGAAUAAGUCUUGACUUGAUAAUAAUGAGGUUUCGGACACUAUGACGAGUCCGAAAUGUUGCGUGACUGAAAUGUUCUAUAAUCAUCUAUAUAGUAACAGAUUCAAAGGUGUGUUAUCACAGGUGAUUGUCACAGUUGAUAGAACAAGCGCCACGAAUCAGGCCUGUAGUUAGCGUUGGGGGGCAGCCCAACCAAUGUCACUCAGCUUCAUGGGACGCCCAUACUAAUAUGGGCACAUUGGUCGUUGGCUUCGUAUUGCGUCCAAUGGAAAAGGCACGAUUCAGCACCAUGGGUAGGCAGCUACCCCCUUUGCCCACCCCACCCCCCACCCCCACUAGCCACGGGCCUGCAAAUGCCAGGACAAAUGUCUAAAAAAAUUUCAAUAAGAUAAUACGAUAUUCUGUAUAUACAUGUAUACUCUAGCCAAGAUAAACCCCUUGGUAUAUAUGAUAUUCUGUAUAUACAUAUAUACUCUAGCCAAGAUAAACCCCUUGGGAUAUACGAUAUUCUGUAUAUACAUAUAUGUAUACUCUAGCUAAGAGUGUUUAACAUGAGAAGCCUGUACAUUGUACAUACAUUAAGAGAAAAUGUCAUAUGUAAAUACAAGAUAUAUUUUAUAGUCGAUGUAAAAUAUAUUAAGAAAUUUACCUGUUGUUUUUGUAAUAUACAGGUACAUCUAUGUACCUGAAAUGAAUAAAGGUACAUCAAUGUACCUGAAAUAACAAAUCAAGUGCUUACUAGAAGGAACCAAUUUUUAAUAUUUGACCCGCAAAAUGAGUUGGAACUCGCAAGUCUUUAACUAUAUGAAUGAACAAAUAUAUUAAAAUAGGCUGAAAUAUGUUUUUAAUAAUAUAAUAACACGAAAUGUAAAAGUGUAGAUUUGACAAUUAAACAAAUUUUGAAAUGUAUUUGUAGCCUAUUUUAAGAUUAUUAUAGGCCCACAUUGUUGCUGUGGAUAUAUGUUUUGUUGCCAAGCGACCUAUCUUUGUUCAUACAUGUACGUCGUAAACAAUGACUUGCGUCUUACAACUGAUUUUGCUGUCAUGGGUCACUUAUUUUUGAUUUACCCUUCUUUGUAAAAUUCAUAUUUGUGUUCUUUCAAUCACGUUCUUAAAUAUAUUUUAAAGCUGCAUGAACAUUAUGUAUUUAAAAAGACUUAAAGGUGCAUUAUGUAAGAGCUAAAUCUGCCCAUUAAAGAUGCAUUAUGAAAGAGAUAUAUCUGUCUAUUGCAAUUCUUUUUUCUAGAUUCAAAUGUUAUAUAAAUUAUUAUUAACAUGGCAAAGCUAUAUUUUGUGAAAACUUGAAACACAUAACUUUGUACAGAAUAAAGUAAUUUGAAUAAAAUUUUCAAUAUAUUCAUUUUUCAUUAUCUAUUUUGGUACUAUUAUAGCAAGGACGGUCAGAUCUUUAUCUAAAUCUUACAUAAUCGAUCUUUAAGGUCAAACUGUAAUAUAUUAUUAUUAUUUAAUGUUGAUCUUCACGACUCCACCUUAGCUUGUAGGAUCUCAACAAAUGUAAACGAUUUUUGAAGUAGUCUUGAAUAUUGGGUAAAAUGAAGUGCCAGAGGAAGAAAAAUCUAAGUCACAUUUUUGUCUUUUCGCAUAAAACGCAAAACCCAACUUUGAAACCUGAUGGAAGAGAAGGCUUGACGCAUCUGGGACGGUGAGGAUUUGGAUCGUUCUCGACCAGAAGGCCAUUUCAGAAGUGCCCUGGUUCGAUGUGACUCUGUUCAUUUUCACCUGAAAUCAAUUGUUCCACAGAAAGCUUAUACAAUUUGCUACCAGAUGGCGCCAUUAACUGGGGUUCAUGGAAAACAUGACUUAGAUCAUUCUUCCGCUUAGCUCUUAAAAUUUAUAUUUUUAUAUCUGAUGUUAGGAGCUGUAUUUGUACAGUGUAUGUAAAUAAUGUUAAUGUUAUAUACAAAGUCUCCACACAAACAUUGUAUGUAGGUACCUAAUGAGAGUUAUCUUAUCUUGGCUAUCAUUGAAACGAAAUACAUACUACCGGUACUUUACUUCUAAUUAAUAUAUGCAUGAAAAUGUGGCCAGUUCCAAAUUUGGCACACAGUGGCAGUGAGGAUCAUAAUCAGCUUAUCUCAUUACCUGUUUGGGCUCAACAACAGUUAUCCAGUGGGGAAUCAAAGAUACUGAUUCUUGGUAAAAUCAUCAUCCCAAUUGGGCAGCUGUCCAGGCAAAAUUCUCCCCUUUGCAGCAUUGCUAUUAUUAUUAUUAAUAUUGUUCGAUUUAUAUAGUGCUUCAUUACACAUGAGUGUUUCUAAGUGCAUUCACUACAAAACAAUUCAAAAACAUUUUUGAAAUGGAGAGCACUAUUACAUACAGCUGCCUGUUAGGCACCACUACAGGGUCAGCAAUUGCUAUGAAAAAUGAAACUUGCCAUGUGUAUCUUUCAUGAUGGGAAUCCACAUGUAAAUUACAUGCAUACCUCACUCGGCAAACCUCGGCAGAUUCCGUUACUCUACAUCUAGCUAGAUGUAGGGUACUGGAAUCUGCUGAGGUUUGUCAGUGAAUUAUACCUAACACAGUGUAAAUUCUGGAGACAGCAGAUAACAAAAUGUUCAGCUGCAAUGUAUAUAUUGAGCAUUAUCAUACAAUCAUGUAUAUCUAGUAUUUGUUAAUUCUCAUGUUCCUAGUUCUAAAAUUGGUUAUUUAAUUCAUUAAUUCAUUGGUCAAGCUUUAUUUGUUCAUGUUUGUUCUCAAUUAUUCAUUCAUUCCUUAUUUAAUGUUUACUGAUUAGUUUGUAUAUGAAAUAUGUUCUACUUGGCAAUUAUGUCGGGCAUUCCGGGCUGUUAGUUUUUAACAAUAUAAGAUUGGAUAAAGACCUAGUCUGAAAAUACUGGGAUCAGAACUCAGUUUUAAUAGAAAUGAAAUGGGGUUUAACUCCAACUUCGACUGGUUUAAGGAAGACAGGCAUAUGCUAUACAGUUUAAUUUUGUACAGACUUUUGUAGGACUUCGACUUUAUGGUCUGCUCUUAUAAUAUAUUGAAUUCCAGCUGCCAAACGUUCUUUUACUUUCACGCCAAUGUUUACACAGGACCAUUCGGUGCAGAAAAGUAGGAUAUUAAACCCCAUUUCAUUUUCAUUACCUGAAGCGGUGUCAUCAAAUGCCGAUCUUUUUUUGUAUUUUAUUAAUCACCAUUUACCCCACCUGCACAAGACAGUCCGAUCAAUUCUAGACUAGAUAGGAAGUACAUGUAGUGUCAUCUGCAUGUAAAUUAAUCACAAUUUAUCCCAAGAGAGGGGGGUUACGGUGGGUAAGAUGCUGGCUCGCUAGCCUGGAUGUCGAGUGUUCGGUCCCUGCAUUGGCCGAGCAAGUUCAUCCAGAUUUCCCGGCGUGGUUCUCCCUUAUCAGGACAGAGGGCCUGGGAAGGACAGCUGUCUAGUCGCUCGGAUGGGACGAAAAAACCGAGGUCCCAUGUACACAUUGGCCUGCGUUGGAAUUCGAUAUAAGAGUAGGCCGUAGUGCAGCUGUCCGGGCAAAAUUUCCCUCAUAGCACUCUGUAUAGCGUAUGCCCGUCUUCAUUAACCCAGUUCGGAGCAGAACAGUAGGACGUUAAACCCCAUUUCAUUUCAUUUAUCCCAAGAGACCCAGUCAAAUCAAUUCUAGACUAAUUAAAGAAAUAGUUUUUCCAGGAAAUUAUUCACCCUUUACUCCACCUGCACAAGAUCUAGUCAAUUCCAGACUAAAUAAAGAGAUAGUUUUAUCAGGAAGUCUAUCUGACUAUUCUAGACUCAAUAAAGAGAUAGUUUUAUCAGGAAGUCUAUCUGACUAUUCUAGACUAAAUAAAGAGAUAGUUUUAUCAGGAAGUCUAUCUGACUAUUCUAGACUAAAUAAAGAGAUAGUUUUAUCAGGAAGUCUAUCUGACUAUUCUAGACUAAAUAAAGAGAUAGUUUUAUCAGAAAGUCUAUCUGACUAUUCUAGACUAAAUAAAGAGAUAGUUUUAUCAGAAAGUCUAUCUGACUAUUCUAGACUAAAUAAAGAGAUAGUUAGUUUUAUUAGAAAGUCUAUCUGUAUGUAAUAAAUCACCAUUUACUCAACAUGCACAAGACCCAGUCAAAUCAAAGCUAGACUAAAUAGAGAGUUAGUUUUUCCAGGAAAUUAAUCACCCUUUACUCCACGUGCACAAGACCCAGUCCAGUCAGUUCUAGACUAAAUAUAGAGAAAGUUUUAUCAGAAAGUCUAUCUGAUUGUAAUAAAUCACCAUUUACCCCACAUGCACAAGACCCAGUCCAGUCAGUUCUAGACUAAAUUAAUAAAUAGUUUUAUCAGGAAUCUAUCUGUCUAUUGUUAUAUACCCUAAUAUAUUGUAUAAUUGCUGAUGUAAAUAAAAACAUAUAGUUUCACUGGUUUACAUGUUGACUGUAUAAAGUUGUUCAGAAUGUAUUAAUUAAAAUUAUCAAAUUUGAA